CACGCGCUCUCGAGCCUAAAAAAACCAAAAAGAAAACCCGAAACUUAAAAAGAAAAAAGAAAAAAACCCAGAAAGAAACGAGAGAAAAGGCAGAAUGGGAAAUCAAAUGAGCUUCUACAGCUCCUUCUUCUUCUUCUCCAUCCCCCCAACGAUUCUCUGUUUCUGAUACAAAAAAAAGGAGCUUCGGGAGAAACCACACUAACUAGGAAAGAGUAGAGAGGCUGCUAUUAUCGAGGAGCGGAAAUGGGAGGGGUGACAUCAUCCAUGGCUGCCAAAUUCGCCUUCUUCCCUCCCAGCCCACCUUCCUACAAGCUAAUCACCGACGGCGCCACCGGCCUUCUCCUCGUCGACCACUUCCCCCACCGCGAGAACGUCGACGUCCUCCGCCUCCCUACCCGCCGCGGGAAUGAGAUCGUCGCCGUCUAUGUUAGGUACCCCAUGGCCACCUCCACUCUGCUCUACUCCCAUGGGAAUGCAGCUGAUAUCGGCCAGAUGUACGAGCUCUUCAUUGAGCUGAGCAUCCACUUGCGCGUUAAUCUCAUGGGGUAUGACUACUCUGGCUAUGGACAGUCAACGGGAAAGCCCAGUGAGCAUAGUACCUAUGCUGAUAUUGAAGCUGCUUACAAGUGUCUUGAAGAAAACUAUGGAGCCAGGCAGGAAAACAUCAUUCUUUAUGGUCAAUCUGUUGGGAGUGGCCCUACCCUUGAUCUUGCUGCACGUCUACCUCGACUGAGAGCUGUUGUCCUGCACAGUCCUAUACUGUCAGGUUUAAGGGUCAUGUAUCCUGUGAAACGGUCCUAUUGGUUUGAUAUCUAUAAGAAUAUUGACAAAAUCCCGCUGGUGAAGUGCCCUGUGCUAGUAAUUCAUGGAACUUCAGAUGAAGUGGUUGAUUUUUCUCACGGGAAGCAGCUUUGGGAACUCUGCAAGGAGAAAUACGAACCGUUAUGGCUGAAGGGAGGAAAUCACUGUGACCUGGAGUUGUUUCCAGAAUACCUCAGACACCUAAAGAAGUUCAUCAUAUCAGUUGAGAAAUCACCUUCCCGAAGAAGCAGUGCCAGGAAGAGCGUCGAUGGGAUGGAACAAGCCAGGAAGAGUACAGAUCGCUACGACGUGUCAAGGAAGAGUACAGAUAGGAGGGAGAAACCCAGGAAAAGCACAGACCGGCCCGAGAAAUUGAAAUUCCAUGAGUACAAGUUUACCAAGAUUGAGAAGUUGGACAGCAAGUUUAAGCUCCCGUUCGAACAGUUGGAACGAUCAAGGAGAAGCGUGGAGUACUAUGAAAAACCGAGAAUGAGCAUUGAUCAUCAGCUGGAGAAGGGAAGGAAAAGCGUCGAUUGGUUGGAUAGAAUCAGAGUUGGAUAAUCUGUUGGGGGGGUUAAACAAAACGCGGUGUGAUGUUGUCGUCCUCGCAUGUAAAAUUUGUUCAGGAUCUGUUUCUGGGGGGAAAGGUGACAUCUAAUCUGAAAGAAACUUGAAGAAACGAUAUAACAAGAAAGAGGAUUUGGGGCAUUUUUUUCUUCUUCUUCUUUCCUUUUUCUUAACUUAAACAAGGGUGUCCGGCUGUGUGGUGUGGUGAUUGUUGGAAUGUGAUGAGGAUUUGUAAAGUUUGAUUCAUGUUGGUCUGGGAUCUGUUGUAAUUGAUAAUUGGGAGUUUGGGAUUGGUAAAAAGGAAUGACAACGUUCUCUCGCCUCUUACAUGUUCUUAUGUUCUUCCAGUUCUUGUUUUGCAGCUGGAUAAUGAAGUGGAGAGAAGCUGCUGCUCUUGGAGUAUCAUACUUGUAGUCUUGUACAGUUGUGCUGAGCAACUAGCUAGUACUCGCACCCCACUCGUUUCAGGUCUACAAAGACCAAGAGCC